AUGAAGGUGAGCAAUGACACAUUAUCUUCUUGGAACUACAAUUUAGUUGUUCCCAAAUAUGGUAUGAGUAAUGAGCAGUGGCAGAAAGUGAAGUUGAAGAGAAAAGAGGCCGCUCCGGCUCCGGCCUUGACUCCGGCCUCGGCUCUGGCUCCGGCUCCAGCUCCGCUUCGGGCUGCGGCUGCGGCUCCGGCUGCGGCUCCAGCACCGACUCCUCCCCCCGCACUGCCCACAGCGGCCCUGACGCUGGAGGAGGAGCUGCAGGAAGCCAUCCGCAGGGCGCAGUUGCUUCCGAACCGGGGCAUUGAUGACAUCCUGGAGGAUCCGGUGGAGCCUGAGGACCCGCUGCCCCCCAUCCCCUUGGACUUCCCCGGCUCCUUCGACGUGCUGUCUUCCUCCCCGGAUUCCGAAGGCCUCUCAUCUGUCUUCUCUUCCUCGCUCCCGUCCCCCACAAACUCCCCGUCCCCCUCUCCCAGGGGCCCCACAGACUCCUUGGUCUGGCUGGAGGCUCUAAGUGGGGGUCCCCUGCUAGGCUGUGGCUCCCCAGCCCCCAGCAUCUUCUCCGCUGACUUAUCUGACUCCAGUGGAACCCGGCUGUGGGACCUGCUGGUGGAUCCAUGGUGAUGGGUGCUGUGGUUUCCAGGGGAUGGGAAGGUCACUGAGACAGACUCUCAAAGGAGGGGUCGGACAACCGGCAGAGCCCCUCCCACCACAGACACAGAAUCAGAGACACCUCUCAUCCUCAUUGGGCGCCCCCAAACCGCUGCUGACAUGCUAACCGCCUGACUUUCCCCUGCCUGACCUCCAUGUGAUCCCCUCCAUGGUUGUGUGGUUGGGGGCCGGGAUGUGUCAUUUGCUGCUGGCCAGAGCAAACAAGCUGCCUGCUGCUUCCUU